AUGGCAGCCACCACAAAUGAUUGGGAAAACGUAUUGGGUGUCAACGGUCGCGGAACAUUUCUGUGCUACAAAUAUGCUGCAGAGCAAAUGAUAAAGCAAAAAAGAGGAGGGAGGAUCAUCGGCGCGUCCUCUCUGGCGGGAAAGCAAGAGCUUAAAGAGCUUAUUGCCAUGCAUUCGUCUCACGCAACGCACGGCGGAGACCUUAAGACCGACACCGUCACGAUCAUUGGCGCCACGCUAGACCUUCAAGAAAAGGUGGUCAAGCAAGCCAUGACCCCCAUCAAGGAUGUAUUCAUGCUGUCGAUUGACUCAAAGCUCGAUUACGCAUUAUUGAAGAAGAUAUGCCAAACGGGCCACAGUCGUGUACCCGUUUAUGAAGAAGUUGACGUGCCCGUAUCGGUGGUUGCUGGCGCCGAUGAAAUCGAGGACGAUAGCCACAAACCAGGGCAGAGAACUCUGAAGGUCAAGAAAAUCAUCGGCAUUCUACUUGUCAAACAAUGUGUAUUGCUUGACCCUAAAGAGGCUACUCCCUUGCGCAAGAUACCGUUGAACAAGGUCCCUUUUGUUCCGAACAACGAACCUUUGUUAGGCAUCCUGGAUAAAUUCCAAGAAGGACGAAGCCACAUGGCCAUUGUCAGUCGGUUCAGCGUUGAGAAAGCUGCUUCAGUAAAGAAAGCCGUAAAACGUGGCCUCACUCAGCGCCUGCGAGAGCGAGUCGGGAUGGGAGAUACGGAUUCUGACACGGAAAGUGAAGAUGAGAAGAACGUCACUCGCCCUACGAAGCUGGGAGGCCGUCGCAAACUAAUGCAAGGACUCAAGCGCAAGAGCUCGGACGAAAGCACUCAAGACGGAGACACGCCUGACGCUAUGUAUAAACACCAAUACGACAUCGAGAAAGCCACGUCAAAGGAUUCAGAAACGAGCGAUAAACCAAAGGGCACGGAAGUUAAGGGUAACGACAAAGAGAAGGAGGGAGGUCGCAAAAGCGAAGAGGCUCGUAGGACGAUCACUGGCUUCCAAUUACCUAGUCUCGGUGGUAUGACCAAUAUGUCGUCAAUGGAACAGAGUAUGCCUGCCGAUGCUGUCCUGGCAAAGGAAGGCGCUGCGGAGUUUUUGCAAGGAUUCGAUCCUGCUGUUAUGCCUCUCGGAAUUAUAACACUUGAAGACGUGCUCGAAGAGCUUAUUGGAGAGGAGAUUUAUGACGAAUUUGAUACUCAAGGUGCUCACGGAGACCCAUAUGAAGUUCCUCCCCAGGUCGUCAUUCAAACUGAAGCCGAACACGGACUCCCAAGUUCUACCCAUGGCGCAGAAGCAGCUCGGACACAUGCACAUCAGAAAGGUCCCUCGACUUUGACCGCACAGAUCCCUACAGCUUUGAAAGGUUUAGGGUUUUUUAGAACCAGGAGUGCUCCGCCUGUCCCCCGUGAGGAGCGUGAUGCUCCCGAGCGAAGUACUGACGCGACGGAGGGCGCAACACCUGUCAAAUCGGUCCGGAUUGGAGAAGUGGCCCAUGUUGAUCUUAACUCUGGCGCUAGGGAACCGAUGCACAAUACGGCUACCCCUAUUCAGAUGCCGAAGCCAAUUAGGAGUCCAGGUCGUAGUCCCCCGUCUGUCAUACUUGAGCAACACAGCAGCGUAUCGUCUUCAGACUCUGGUGUUUUAACAUCGUUGAAGCCUACUUCGCCUGAUAGCACUUUGAACUCACCAUCAACGGAAGCCACCACUGCACCUAGUGGUCAUGUAAAUCUUGGUGCUGCAGCGCCUGCUGCUGUGACACAACCAUCUUUCCCUUUGCCACUCAGUGUUAGUGCGAGUACAAGCGUUGGCCCUAAUCUUUCCACUGCGCAUAAGAUCGAUAAAGUUCCUUCGAGAAGCACGUCGCCUGCACCGCUCGAGGCGAUUCUGCUGGAUCGCAAGCGCAGGUUGGCUCAGGCGGCUCAUGGACAGGCACAGACUUCAGCUGUUGGUACACCCGUUGGGAGUAUCGCGCCAAGCCCGGUGCCUUCGCUGGGAGGUGGCGGUUUGAGAGUCGCGGACGCCCUUGCUGCAUCGGCCCCUGGGUCUGCGACGACGUCCCCACUUGUGACGCCGGUUCCGUCUAUGAUGGGUACGGCGGCUGUCAGUGGAAGCGCUUCACAUGCUGGUAACGUUUCUGGUGCAGGCGUGCAUGCGGGUAGUACUACCACUCCGGGUUUGCGUGUCGCUGUCCCUACGACGAGUAAGGGCACUAGGUUUAAGAGUAGUCCGUUGGGUGGGGUGGAAAGGGCUGGUGUGGUCAUUGCGGAGCAGUUGAAAGCAGCGUAUAGCAGCGCUAGCAGGGACGGAGAAACGGAUGUCGAUUCGAGCGCCGGGAAGAAUGUCACGACUGAUGAAGGGAAGAUGUAG